CUCCCUCCUUCCCUCCCUCCUUCCGCCUCCCUCCACGCCGCCGGCGCCCGGACUCCUUCCGCGACGGCGGCCGGGACACGCAGGAACUGAUGUUCAAUGGCUAGAAGAGAGCUGACAAGUGGCUGAAAUGAAUACGACUACUAUCCUACAAGAGAUUUUGAUUAAAAGAUCCCAGCAGAAGAAGAGGACUUCUCCCUUAAACUACAAGGAAAGGCUUUUUGUACUUACAAAGUCUAUGCUAACAUACUACGAAGGUCGAGCGGAGAAAAAAUACAGAAAAGGAUCUGUGGAUAUUUCAAGGAUUAAAUGUGUAGAAGUUGUAAAAAGUGAUGGUAUUAUUCCAUGUCAGAAUAAAUAUCCUUUUCAGGUUGUAUAUGAUGCUAAUACACUUUAUGUUUUUGCACCAAGUCCACAAAGCCGGGAUCAGUGGGUGAGGAACCUGAAAGAAGAAAUAAAAAAUAACAGCAAUAUAAUGGUAAAAUAUCAUCCUAAAUUCUGGACAGAGGGAAUUUAUCAAUGCUGCAGACAGACAGAAAAAUUAGCACCUGGCUGUGAAAAAUAUAGUCUUUUUGAAAAUAAUGUAAUGAGAUUGUCCUCUUCAAUGCCAGAAAAAAGUGCGCGAAGGCCUCCACCACCUGUUCCUCCAGUUGAAGAAAAUGGGAAUGAAGAGGAGGAGAUAGUGGUAGCAAUGUAUGACUUUGAACCUACAGAGCACCAUGAUUUAAGAUUAGAGAAAGGUGAAGAAUAUACAGUGAUUGAGAAGAACGACAUUCAUUGGUGGAAGGCGAGAGACAAAUAUGGAAAACAAGGAUAUAUUCCAAGCAACUAUGUAACAGGAAAGAAGUCCAACAACCUUGAUCAAUAUGAGUGGUACAGUCGAAACCUGAACAGAAGCAAGGCAGAGCAGCUCCUCAGAAAUGAGGAUAAAGAAGGUGGUUUUGUGGUGAGAGACUCCAGUCAGCCUGGCCUGUAUACUGUUUCUCUUUAUACAAAAUUUGGAGGGGAAGGUUCGUCAGGAAUAAGACACUACCAUAUAAAAGAAACAGUGACAUCACCAAAACAGUACUACCUCGCAGAAAAACAUCUCUUUAACUCCAUUCCAGAAAUAAUUGAAUAUCACAGCCAUAAUGCAGCAGGUCUCGUUACCAGGCUGCGUUACCCAGUGACCCCAAAGAAGACGACAGCACCAACAACAGCAGGAUUCAGCUAUGAGAAAUGGGAAAUCAAUCCCUCAGAACUGACAUUCAUGAGAGAGCUGGGGAGCGGUCUGUUUGGCGUGGUGCGCCUUGGGAAGUGGAGGGCACAGUACAAAGUGGCCAUCAAGGCAAUUCGGGAAGGAGCCAUGUAUGAAGAGGACUUCAUUGAAGAAGCUAAAGUAAUGAUGAAGCUAACACAUCCUAAACUAGUUCAGCUGUAUGGUGUGUGCACACAACAGAGGCCCAUUUACAUCGUGACAGAGUUCAUGGAGCACGGCUGCCUUCUCAAUUACCUGAGACAAAAACGGGGAGUUUUGAGUAAAGACACUCUGCUUACGAUGUGCCAAGAUGUAUGUGAGGGAAUGGAGUACCUGGAGAGAAACAGCUUUAUCCACAGAGACCUGGCUGCCAGGAACUGCUUGGUGAGCGACUCAGGAGUGGUCAAAGUUUCGGAUUUUGGAAUGACAAGGUAUGUCCUUGAUGACCAAUACACAAGUUCUUCAGGGGCUAAGUUUCCUGUGAAAUGGUGCCCCCCAGAAGUCUUUAAUUACAGCCGAUUCAGCAGCAAGUCAGAUGUCUGGUCGUUUGGUGUUUUAAUGUGGGAAGUAUAUACAGAAGGAAAAAUGCCCUUUGAAAAAAGCUCCAACUAUGAAGUGGUAACAAUGGUUAGCCAAGGACAUCGCUUGUAUCGGCCCAAACUGGCCUGUAAGCAGAUGUAUGAAAUGAUGAUGAUGUGCUGGCAGGAGAAGCCAGAGGAACGCCCAACUUUUGAAGAGUUGCUUCAUGCAAUCAUUGACAUUGCAGAGAGUGAAGAUGCUUUUUGAAAAAAGGCAGCAGCAGCACAAGCAGAGGAAAUGAGGCACUUCCCAGGGAUAUGUGGCUUCACAGUUUCUUUUUACAAGCUUGGUCCUGUAAGCUGUUGGAUGCUGCUAAACAAUGUGGGGAACCUGUAAUAUCUGAUGCACUC